GAGCGGCGGCGAUCGGUGCCGGUCGCGAUGCAGAGCGCGCUGUUCCUGGCGGUGCAGCACGGCGGGCACAUGGAGCGGGGCGGCUGCCGCCGCAGCGAGGCGGAGGAGGCGGAGAAGGGCAGGAUGAAGAGAACGAUCAUUAAAGAUUGGAAAACAAGACUGAGCUACUUCCUGCAGAACUCUUCUAAUUCUAAUAAGAGAAAAUCUAAGAAGGCAGGGAAACACCGCAACUACUUCAGACCUUCCCCUGAAGAAGCCCAGCUGUGGUCAGAAGCCUUUGAUGAACUUCUUGCUAACAAAUAUGGUCUUGCUGCUUUCCGAGCUUUUCUGAAGUCUGAGUUCUGUGAAGAGAACAUCGAGUUCUGGUUGGCCUGUGAGGACUUCAAGAAAACCAAGUCACCCCAGAAGCUGACAUCGAAAGCAAAAAAAAUCUACAAUGACUUCAUUGAAAAGGAGGCUCCCAAAGAGAUAAAUAUAGACUUCCAAACCAAGAACAUGAUUGCACAGAACAUCCAGGAAGCCACACAUAACUGUUUCAGUGCGGCGCAGAAGAGAGUUUACAGCUUAAUGGAGAAUAACUCAUACCCCCGGUUUUUGGAGUCCGAGUUCUAUCAGGAACUGUGCAAGAAGACACCCAUCACCAGAGCAGCCCAGGGGACAUGAGCAAUGGAGAAGAGGGAGAAGCAGCCUCUCGGCUAGUGAGGAAGCAAAGCCACAGCUCAUGGCAGCAUCCUGACCCAAAACACUGAGACACUGAGCGCUCAGUCUGUUUGCCACCGUGCAAGGACAAAUACUGACUGUGGUGCAGAGCUGAUGGCCAAGAGUGAUGCUUGGAGGGUGUUCAGGGGCGAUGGCCAGGAGUGUGCCAGCCAGCUGCCGGCAGUGCCCUUCUCUGCCAGUGCUGCCAUGAGAACUGACUCCAUGCAUUAGACAAAACCGCACCUUACAGAGCCCUUCUGUCACGGCUGAGGAGCAACGCGGCAGGUCCGAACAGAGCUUCCUUCUUCUGAUCACAAGCUGCUCUCUGCAGUUGGGCAGCGCUGGGAACUUGAGUAAUUGGUUGCCUAUUUAUCUUUCCUAAACAUCAAGCAGUGUUGCUGUUGUCAGUCGCUCGGUGUGUUCACACGGGUUCUGUAAAACCGCCUCGAGCUGCCACGAGCUGUGCUGGGUUUCUGUGCAACCCCCAGACGGUAACAGCGCUGUGCAGCGUGGGGUGAGGAAGGGACAGAGCUCAGUUCCCAGAGGAACAGGUUCUGCAACUGAAGUAUGCAGGGCUGAGUUGUAUCAGCAGGGCUGCGUGGGGCCAGACCGAGGGCAGAACUUGGCCAAGGCAAACAGGAGCUGUAUAGUAUUAUAUUUAUAUGUGGAUUAUGAUUGUGUUGAAUGCUGCAAUGUCAUAAUUCUGUCUCAAGGACAGCAAGCUUCAGUGAAGUUUUAUUGUUUUUAAUAAACUAUUUUGAUACAAAGC